AUGGAAAACCCAAACAAUUCAAAGCUCGAUUCGCUACAGGCCUUAAACGAUCUCAAGGUUAUGAUUAGCCAGAUUCAAAACGUCCACGAGAGUACAGAGGCUCUACGACAAAGCAUUGAUGACUUAGAAAAUCUUCGCACCUUGUUCAGCUCGCACGAGGAGAAGUUUUCCGAGUUGUUAAGAAGUCCCAUUGCUUUACAGGAACAUAUCAACAAUACUGGUAUAGUUGAGAAAAAACUGGAAGAUCGGCUGAACUCACUCACAAAUAUAGAAAGUCAGCUGAGCAGCAUGAAAGGAACUGUUUCUAACCUGUGUGAUGAUGUUGGAGUGGUGACCUCUCAGAUUAACGAGCAAGGCUCGACCCUAAAUGUAUUGGAUGCUAGACUUGAUGCAAUGGAAUUCAAGGUGGAUGAGCGACAAACUCUUGGAGCCCUUCUGAUGAAAACGCAUACAUCUUAUCAGGACGAGUUAGCAACACAAGGCGAGUUGAAACGCUUGGGUUCUUGCAACCUGCAGUUGAAAAAUGAUCAGAUACGACUAAACAACGACUUCAAAUUGGUCCAGUCCAAGGUCUUGAAUGACCGCCAGUACUCUGAAGAACAAAUCAAGUCUAUGCAAAGCGAGAUGCAACGCUUGGAUUCCUGCAACCAGCAGUUAAAAGAUGAUCAGGUCCGACUAAACAAAGAGCUCCAUUUGUUUCAGCAGAAGUUUGAUAAUUCCCACCUUCACUGCUCCGGAGAAAUUAAAAAGGUGGAAGAAGUUUUACAUACACAAAUUCAGUCCAACAGAACCGUUUGUUUUUUCCCUCUAUCCAUGAUGCCUAUUUAA